AUGUUUGUGAAAAUAGUUUCAUUGAAAAUAAAAUAAGUUUUUAGGUGAACUCCCAAGAUAUUCCGAAGCUCGAAGAAAAGCUGGUGUCUCUGAGUGAGGUUAGUGGUAUUUACCAGAGUAAUCGAAUAACUGUAUCGAAAUUCGAAGGUUUGCAGGUGGACGAGCAAGCCGUUGAUCAGGCCAUUCGGUCGUUCGAGCCAAAAGAUCUCCCGGAGUUUUCUCUAGGAGACAAGCUGAAGCAAAUUCGAGACACCUUUCACGCAAAGUGCGUUUCAGGAACAAUUAAUAAAAAAUAAAAUAAAAAACCACUGAAUGUAUUUUGAAAAUUAAAGGAGCGGAACAUUUUUCUAGGAGCUGCUUCAUCUUGGAAACUAGCCACGAAGCACAAGUUUGAAACACAUUGAUAAUUUUUUUCAUAAAGACUCUCAUAAAAUCAAUUUCAUUUUCGACUCACUUUGAAAAAUUGGAUUUUAAAAAAUAAAAAUGUAUUUUGUCUAGGGACUACGAAGGGAUUGAGAGCAAUCUGAAAAGAGACGGGUCCGAUUGGGCAAAGGCGCAGUUGGCGACAUUGAGCAAAAUGAGCCCGACAUCUCUGAAAGUCACGCACAGACAGCUUAUGAAUGGCUCUCAGAUGAGUUUCUCCAAGGUUUAUCAUUCUUUUUUUUGAUAAACAAUUCCAGUUCGUUUCAGAUCUUCACAAUGGAGUAUCGAUUGACGCAAAGAUUUGUAAAUGACAAAGACUUUCACGAAGGCUGUCGUGCGAGUGAGUUUCGAUCCGUUCGUGUUGCUUUCGAAGACUAUCCAAGAAACAAUUGAACUGCAAGCUUUUCAGUUCUCAUCGACAAAGAUCGAAAUCCGAAAUGGGAUCCAGCUCGACUAGAGGACGUCACAGAAAAGACGUUAGAUCACUAUUUCGAACCUUUGCCUCAUAACGAAGAUUUGAGGUCAUUUUACCUUUUCAUUUUGUUCUGUGAGCUCAGAAUUUGCAGGAUUCUCAACAGCGCGCCGAAGCUCUAA